AUGAACAGGCACAACGGAGCGGUGCAAGCUGAGUCGACGAGGAGCGGCGUUGGCAACGUCUUCAACGUCAUGUCCAAACAGCUUCUUGCGCAGAUUCUUCGAUGGUGGCGAUCAUCGUGCGUAGUGCACAAAAGAGGGCGUCAUGACGACCCAGGCUGCGAUUGCAUCGCAGUAGAGCGGAUAUGGUCCAUCAGUUCAGCGAGUGGAGAAAAAGCAGCUCUUGUUCCAGUUCUUUUUCGACGUGUGACGUGUGACAGCUAA